CGCUUGCACUAUGGGUAUCGUAGUUUUAAAAGAUGGUGAAAUGAUCUGUAAUAGAUUUAAGUAAUAAUAGUGUUUAAUGGGGAAAUCCGCAGGCUAUGCGCGGUCUAUUAAGAAUGACCAAUAAGAGUCGAACGGUUUCGUGCUGGCAACACCUCCACCGGUCACUGACGCAGGUGAGGCAUGGUUUAGCCUGCGUCUCGUUUCAGGAGAAAAACCAUGGCGCACUAUUUAAAAGAUUGCAGCGUGUCAUGUAAGCUCUCCUGGGAUGACCUACAAGCUGUGUGUCGCAGGCAGAGAUUAGUGUGCAAGCAGCUAUCUGUAACCAAACACAACUUCAGGGACUACGAGGUGGAGUACUUAUGUAACUACAGAAAUAUUAAGGGUCGAGAGUUUUUCCUGGUUAAGUGGAAAGGUUACUCGGAGGCUGAAAACACAUGGGAACCUCGUAGAAACCUCAAAUGCCCCAAAAUGAUCAGACAGUUUCGGCGAGACAUGCGCUUAGCGCUGCUUUUGGCUAACAAACCGCUGGACUCCACAUCACUGGAUGCUUCCUGUACUUCCUUCCUGCUUCAGAAGGCCAAACAGCGUCUGAAGCUUCUGCGCUGGGAGGAGCAGCUGAACCGGACCUGCAAGCACAAGGGUCGCAUCUUUGUACUCAAUGAGGUGGACCUGGAUGGCCCUCCCAAAGACUUUAUGUACAUCAGUGACUAUAGGAUUGGCGAAGGGGUGAAGAUGAGUCAGACAGCAGCAGGCUGUGAGUGUGCAGACUGUAUAAGGGAGCCUGUAAACGGCUGCUGUGCAGGAGCAUCCAAGCACCGUAUGGCAUAUAAUGACAGCAGGCAGGUAAAAAUCAAGCCAGGCUUGCCUAUCUAUGAGUGUAACUCACAGUGCUGCUGUGGGCCAGACUGUGGAAACAGAGUUGUGCAGAGGGGCAUUCAGUACGACCUGUGCAUCUUCAAGACAGCCAACGGAAGAGGCUGGGGUGUGCGCACACUUGAGAGAAUUCACAAGAACGCAUUUGUUAUGGAGUACCUUGGAGAGAUUAUCACUUCAGAGGAGGCAGAGAGGAGAGGAGAAACAUAUGACAAGCAGGGAGUCACCUACCUGUUUGAUCUGGAUUAUGUGGAUGAUGUUUAUACAGUGGAUGCUGCCCAUUAUGGAAAUAUUUCCCACUUUGUCAACCACAGUUGCGACCCAAACUUGCAGGUAUAUAACGUUUUCAUUGACAACUUGGAUGAACACCUUCCCAGGAUCGCAUUUUUUGCAACACGAGCAAUCAAAGCGGGGGAGGAGCUCACGUUUGACUACAAAAUGACAAUUGAUGAAGUAGAUGCAGAGAGUGCCAAAAUAGACGCACGCUUCAGCAUGGCAGGAGUACAGGGCACUCCGGUCAAACCCAUGCGCAUGGAGUGCAAGUGUGGAGCAGAGACGUGCCGGAAGUACCUGUGUUAACAGUCCCUUUCUGAUGGUGAAUCUACACGACUGCCAUCACUUUAUUUGAGAAUUUUUUUUUUGUCCUUCAGAAAUUCCUGUGUUCUACUUCUCAGCUGUUUUUUUAAAGAAUGUUUAAGUGGUUUUAGGUGGUGUUGACCGUUCACAACACUAUGGUUUUAAGCAGUUGUUUAGAUGUUAGUUUUAUACAUGUUACUUCAUACCUUUUGCUAGGGAUGGGCAGUAUGAGAUAUGGCAAAAAUAUUGUGAUGCUUAGAUGUUUUCAUGAUACAUGUGAUCUAUCACAAUAUGCUGACACAUGAAACAGAAUGCACUAGCAGUGCUACAUUCAAAUACCAUCAAAUACUUCCAGUGUUUUUUAACAUUUUUCUGUCUGUACUGCAAUAAAACCAAUUAAAUAGGGCAGAUUAUGCUCUCUUUAUAAUGAAACGGUAUGAAAGAAAUCCUUGAGAUUCUCAGGAAAGCAUAUUCUGUAUCACAGUGGUAAAAUUUAUCCUGAUGAUGAUAAAAUAUCAUAUUUUUAAAUUCUGAAAAUGCUGCCUGGAAAAAGUCAUUAAUAUCCUGUCUUUCAACUCCAUUUGAUAUUUUUUUAAAUGCUCCAUUAUUCACUGUUGAAACAGGUGAGCUUGUGUGCGCUUUUAUUUAUUUAUUUAUUUUUAUUGCCUUUUUUCCUGCAAAGAAUUUUGAUACAUGGUUUCACAGAUCAUGUAAAAUAAA